UACGGUCCCAGUGACCCCCCUCCCGUGUCCGCUGAACGAUAACGAGAGAGACCCAACCCAGAGAAACUAAAACUUAGUAACCUAACUUGCUCUACAGAAGAGACCGAACAUCUCAGGAUGACAGCAGCGCGUGGUCCUCAGUCCUCCUAUAAGAAGUAUUUUGGUGGGGAAAGGAACAUGAGCCACUCGUCCUCCUACCCCUCCAGCCGACAGCUGUACUCCAACCCGGUGGCGGUGCGCUCCUCUCGGGUCUCUUUCGGCCUGUCCUCCGCCGCUCCGGGGGUCUACGCAACCAGGACCCAGCGGCUCCGCAGCAGCGCCCCGAUGCCCCGGCUGUCCUCCGAAACCCUGAACUUCUCUCUGUCCGACGCCGUGAACUCCGAGUUCAAGACCAACCGGACCAACGAGAAGGCUCAGAUGCAGUCGCUCAACGACCGCUUCGCGAGCUAUAUCGAGAAGGUCCGGUUCCUCGAGCAGCAGAAUAAGAUCCUGCAGGCAGAGCUCGAACAGCUACGAGGGAAGGGCACGUCCCGAUCCCGCAUCGGGGACCUGUACGAGGACGAGAUGCGCGAGCUGCGGCGACAGGUGGACCAGCUGACGAACGAGAAGGCGCGAGUGGAAGUGCACCGGGACAACCUGUCUGAUGAUAUAGACCGGCUCAGAGAGAAACUGCAGGAGGAGAUGAUGCAGCGCGAGGAAUCUGAGAGUACCAUGCAGAGCUUCAGAGGGGAUGUGGACAACGCAGCUCUGUCUCGUCUGGACCUGGAGAGGAAGGUGGAGUCGCUUCAGGAGGAGAUCAACUUCCUGAAGAAACUACACGAUGAGGAGCUGUUGGAGCUGCAGUCUCAGGUGCAGGUGUCGCAGCAGGUGCAGAUGGACAUUGAUGUGGUGAAGCCAGACCUGACGGGCGCUCUCAGGGACGUCCGCUCUCAGUACGAGAACCUGGCCUCCAAGAACAUGCAGGAGUCAGACGACUGGUACAAGUCUAAGUUUGCUGACCUGACUGAUUCUGCAGCCCGUAACAACGAGUCUCUACGGAUUGCUAAGCAGGAGGCUAAUGACUACAGACGCCAGGUGCAGGCACUCACCUGUGAGAUCGAUGCCCUGAAGGGAAGCAAUGAGUCUAUGGAGCGGCAGAUGAGGGAGAUGGAGGAGAACUUCAGUAUGGAGUCGUCUGGUUACCAGGACAACGUCAGUGGUCUGGAGGAGGACAUUAGGAACAUGAAGGAUGAGAUGGCCAGACACCUCAGAGAAUACCAGGAUCUCCUCAAUGUCAAGAUGGCCCUGGACAUAGAGAUAGCUACCUACAGGAAACUACUGGAGGGAGAGGAGAGCAGAAUCACCUCUCCAUUGCCAAACCUCUCCUCCUUAAACCUGAGAGAAACCAUGAUGGAUUCCAGACCCAUGGUUGAAACCACAAUGUCCAAAAAGGUUCUGAUAAAGACGAUCGAGACCAGAGAUGGACAGGUGAUCAAUGAGUCCAUGAACCAUGACGACCCCAUCGAUGUCUUCAACUAGAGACCAGCCAUCUACAACACAGAAAAACAUAGAUGAUAUUUGUAUCUAUAUUCUAUUUCUAUAACCCGCAGCCAUAAACAAUAUCUCUGUCUGUUAUAUAUCUGGAUUAUGUUUCUGGACCAUUCCCCCAGACAGGACUACCUACCCACGGUAAACAACCAGACAGGACUACCUACCCACAGUAAACAACCAGACAGGACCACCUACCCACGGUAAACACCCAGACAGGACCACCUACCCACGGUAAACACCCUGACAGGACAGCUACCCACAGUAAACACCCUGACAGGACCACCUACCCACAGUAAACACCCUGACAGGACCACCUACCCACAGUAAACACCCUGACAGGACCACCUACCCACAGUAAACACCCAGACAGGACCACCUACCCACAGUAAACACCCAGACAGGACCACCUACCCACAGUAAACACCCAGACAGGACCACCUACCCACAGUAAACACCCUGACAGGACCACCUACCCACAGUAAACACCCUGACAGGACCACCUACCCACAGUAAACACCCUGACAGGACCACCUACCCACAGUAAACACCCUGACAGGACCACCUACCCACAGUAAACACCCUGACAGGACACCUACCCACAGUAAACACCCUGACAGGACCACCUACCCACAGUAAACACCCAUCCAAACCUGCUUCAAGUGUCUUGUUACUGUGUGAGCCUGCUAGAAUAUUCCACCUGUUGUGAGCUAGACGUUAGGGCUGAGACUGUUAUCCUAGGACAUGUUUACACUACUUCUAGGUGGUGGACAGGGAGAGAAGAGAGCGAGGGAAUGGAGAGACUCUAGAGUCGACAGAAACAUUACAUUUGUCGUCACAGCAAUAUUUUGUUAACUCUGUAAAAACCAGUCAAUGUUACCAGAUACAAUAUAAUUAUUUGUCUGAAUGAACCAGCUGGCCUGUUCUUCGCGGCCUGUCCUUCACGACCGGUCCUACAUCUGUCAGUCUAGCGGAAGAGCAACACAUGAAACACUGUUCAUCUAAAGAACAAUAAAACUGGUAGACAGACA